AGCCAGACUCUCUCUCUCUCUCUCUGUGUGAGCUUCUGUUUAUUUACCGCUGAGCACGUCGGUUACUCGGCCUGGCUGAGAAGCAGCAAGAGAAGAGGAGAAACAGGAUGACGGCCCUCCGGAUUCUGUCUGUGUCUGCGCUGAUGUGUCAGAUGUCCAUCACUGCGUCUCUGCACUGGAGGAAAGCUCUUUUCCCAUCAGCCUUCAGAGUGAAGCGAGGGACGCCAGCGCUGCUCAACCCCACGUUUCAGAAAUCAGCGGAGGAUGCCAGCCUUCUGUAUGAGGUGCUGUGGUCAGGAGGAUACAUGGAUGCGGUGAACGGGACGCUCCACAUAUCUGACGAGGAGCUGGCGUCCAUGCGGAAGCUGGAGGUUCUGGAGGUCCUGUGUGAGGAUGUGCUUCCCAGAAGCCUCUCUGAGAUCCAGCGGCUCGGUGCUCAGCUGGAUCUGCGUCGUGGCUCGCUGCGGAUGGACGACUUUGAGCGCACCGUCCUCACGAUGGUGUUUACGGCUCAACAACUCCAACAUACCAACCCCGGCCACCAGAGAGAGCUGUGGGCGAACGCACUUGUACAACUGUAUAAAGCCAUUAAAGGAGACCUGCGGCCCGAGUCGAAUAAAGCUGCGGAUGACUGACUGAAGACACUGACAGGAGCGACUCAUGUCAGCCCACUGCAGUGCUUCUCAACUGGAGGACUGAGACACAAAAUAGGUUGCAGAACUGUCCCAGCUAACAGGGGACGUUCUGGCAACGUUCUGUCAAAGUUGAACAAAGGUUCCUACAGGAACAUUAAUAGAACGUUCGAUCAAAGUUAUCUGGUCUUAGUAGUUUCAGAGAACAUUCAGAAGUAAUAUUCCCAUGUUUGCACAAUGAUAAAAUAGAAUGUUCCCUUAAUGUUUUCGCUAACAUUUCGCAACUUGUAAAACAUUCUUAGAACAUAUUUUUAUUAGCUGACGUUCUGAUCGCAGAUAUCAGAGGAAAGAAAAAAAAACAAUGCUAAAUGUAAAUAAUGAAAUAUAAUCAUUUAGAGCUAGUCAAAUUAGACAAUGUCAAUAAUUGCAAUGCAAUUUAUAUUUCUUUUACAUAAUAUUUGUAAAAUCAGAAGUAAAUAAUUUGAAAAUGAAUGAAUAUUAUAUUUGAAGUCUCAAUGAAUCUGAAAAUAAACAGCUUUAUAGUUAGCAACUUCUUAAUUCUGUAAUCCUUCUAUAGUAUUUUUCAUGAAUAAGCUGUCAAAAACAAAGUGUAAAAAAUAAAAUGAAAAACAAAAACUAAAUGGCUUUUUUAUUAUAUUUAUUUUACAACAUACAAACAUUACAAAAUUUGAUUAAAAAAAAAUCUGUAAAAUAAGCAACUUAAAAUACUUGCAAAAUUAGAAAUAAUUUGGAAAUGAAUUUGAACUUGAUCAAAAUGUAUCUAAAAUAAACAUUUAUAGUUUAGAUAGCACCUUAUUUCUGUAACUAUUAUAGUAUUAAAACACAACAAAUUCUAAAAAAAAUUAAUUAAUUAAUUAAUUUAAUUAAAUUAAAACAUAAUUCUCAAAAAAAGUGAACAAACCUCCAUAAAGUAAAGGAAAAUACAGUCCAAACUUGCAACAGCACUUAAAAAAGUGUUGUUGUUUUUAAUUAUUAAAAUGCUCUUUACACUAAGAAGAAAUGGUCCUUUAAAUAAGAACUGGUUCUUUCUUUCCAAAAGAUUUUCCUCUAUGGUAUUACUGUGAACAACAUUUAUUCUGAAGAGGAUCAAUAUGGUUUUGACCCAUUGUAAAAUCUGGUUCCUGUGCAAAACUGGUUGAGAAGCUCUGACUGUACUGUACAUCUCUAAUUACAGUGUGGGUAGAUGAAUAUGAUGUGCAUCUUAAGGACUGUGUUUGCAUAAGUUCACCUUCACAAUGACAGAUCGAAUUCUUUGCAUAAACGUGUUGUUGGUCCAGGCCGCAGUCAAAUUUGAUGGCACAUUAUGCUGCAGAAUGAGCUCUGGUGUCCUUGCGAGGCUUGUCAUUUUUUCCUGAGAUAAUGCAUCUCCUAAUAGAAUCAUUAUCACGUCCUUGACCGUGUUUGCCUGGCAUUUUCGCCUGGAAAUAUUCCCAGUGGCACAUCAGAACCUGCUCUCCGCUCGGCUGAAAUCUGUGGUCGGGAGAAAACGUCGCUGAGAAUGUGACUGAUAUUAAAGUUAAAACUUCACAGCUUCUUCACCGCGUUAAACGAGCCCCCCUACAUGAGACAAUAAAUGACUCGAGUUUGCACUUCACCGGUGUUUUAUUGAACACCUCAGGCAACGUUUCAGCAUCUGCCACCUGAGCAAAAGCGUUAUGAGACAAUGAUGAUGAUGAUGAUGAACAAAUGAUCAAAACCCAGUGCGUCCAGGCUCAGGAAUUCCUCCAAGUAUGUGUGUGUUUGUUAUGUGUCCAUAGUGCCAUCUACAGGACACGAAUAUGAUCGUUUUGUGGAAUUCAAAUAGUUAACAGUUAUUAGAAACUUGUAAACACGUACAUAAACAUAUAUGAACAUUUGCGAGCUUAAUGUCACCAGUAAAAGUUUUCUUUCUUUUUUCUUUCAUAUCAGAUGUUUCUCAGGUUUAUGACGGUUACGGUUGUAAAAAUUACCUUCUUGAAUAAUGAUUAUGUACAUCUGUAUGUUUUGAAAUGCACAUCUUUUUAUUUGUAAGUCUAAGGGAAAUUUCUGACAAAUACAUACAACAAUAAAUAUAUCGUUCAACAUAUAUAUAAAAAUGUGAUUAAUGAUAGAUAGAUAGAUAGAUAGAUAGAUAGAUAGAUAGAUAGAUAGAUAGAUAAACAAAUAGAUUAAACAACAUAGAAAAUGACAAUAAAAGAUUGUGAACAGUAACAUGAAAUGAACGUAUAAACGGAAUUCACCUAAAGCGGCA